UUGAAGGUAUAUAAUAUUAAUUUUAUGGACACCAACUCGAAAAAUAACAACAUUUGGGAUGAUAUUGACUGAACCGUCACUGAUGAGUACAAUCAGCCUGGAAAGACUAAUAACGUGUAUCAGUGGAAGCCAACCAAGAAUAUCUUAGUAGAAGAUAAAGGCAGUGACUGUUCUGCUAUAUGGAUGGCUGCUAGCCAUGACCAGCAAGAUGAGGAACCUAUUCAAAUGCCGGAAAGAGAGAAAAUAAUAGCUAAACUUAAUAUGACCGAAGAUACUCCAAGAGCUUUACCUGACAUGUUCUUGAGCUGCCAAGCUGAAGAUCAAGGAUUCUCAAAAGGUUUAAGAAAUCAAAAGAAAUCCAAAUUCUUCUUAUCUCCUGGACAAAAAGUGAAUCCAGCUGGGAAUAUGAAAAAUUGGAAGGAAAAAUGAAAAAUUCACCAACAAAUGGCUUCACCUAAAAUAUUGCAGAGUAUGAGGCCCAGAUCUGCAGAGAGUCCUCAUCAAUCUUAAGAUUUAGUGUUGUACCUGCACUUCAUCACCUAUACUUCUACUUAAUAAAUUUG